AUGUCGCGAGGAUUAUUUAUCGUCGUCGAAGGUCUCGAUAGGACUGGUAAAUCAACGCAGUGUGCCCAGCUACUAAACCACUUCACCGCCUCGGGAAGGAAGGUGACUCUAAUGAAGUUUCCAGACAGAACCACAAACAUUGGACAGAUGAUCAAUAGCUACCUCCAGUCCAAAACUGAGCUCAACGAUCACGCUAUACACCUCCUUUUCUCUGCAAACAGAUGGGAAUUGAGUCAGCAUAUCGUCGAUACACUCAAUGGAGGCACUACCAUUAUCGCUGAUAGGUAUGCCUACUCGGGUGUGGCAUACUCUGUCGCUAAGGGGCUCAACUAUAACUACUGCAAGAAUCCAGAUAAAGGCCUACCAAAACCCGAUAAGGUCUUCUUUUUAGACCUCCCACCGCUUCUGGCUCAGCAGAGAGAGGAUUACGGUGAAGAGAGGUAUGAAUCGCUCGAAAUACAGACGCGUGUACGCUCGGCAUUUGUGCAGCUGCUCCAAGACAACCAGUACAUUCACAAACUUGACGUCACUAGACAAUCUAUCGAGAGCGUUCACCAGGCCUUGAAACAAGAGCUCACACCGUUACUUGAAAGCUCACAAGAACCCUUAAGACACACCUUGUUCAUGUAG